AUGUAUUUACAGAUAAGUUUAUUCAAACAUUGGUUGAAGAAAACGAAUCAAAAGCCCUUUCUUGCAGCAUUGGAAAAAAUGCAAGAAGAGAUGCAGCUGCUUGGAUUUGUAUCACUUCUAUUAAUAGCUACCUCAGACAUGAUAGCAAAUAUUUGCAUUCCAGAGAAGUUCUACAAUGAUGCUUUUGCUCCAUGUACUAGAUCCGAGAUUGCUGAAGAAACGGAAAAGAAUGACACAGAAGAGCAUAAAUUGUUGAUGGCUUCCACUAACCCACGCGUAAUUAGGAGAAUAUUGGAUGACAUAAAUAAAAAAUCUUGCAAUGAGGGUUAUGAACCUUUUGUUUCACAUGAAGGUCUAGAGCAAUUGCACCGUUACAUUUUUAUCAUAGCUGUAACACACAUAUCUUUCAGUUGUCUCACAAUGUUGUUAGCAAUUGUGAAGAUUCACAGUUGGAGAACGUGGGAGAAUGAGGCUCAAAUAGAUCCACACAAUUGUUCAUUUUCUGAAAUCCCAAGACAUGUGCCAGCACUAAGUCAAACAUCCUUAAUUAUGGUUCAUAGAUCAAAUCCAUUGUUCAGAAACACUUUCCUCAUUUGGGUGGCUUGUUUUUUACGACAAUUUUGGAAUUCUUUGGUUCGCAGUAAUUAUCUUACACUUCGCAAAGGCUUCAUCAUGUCCGUUUUCUCUAUUAGAUUACCUAAAUCUUUUGCAUAUUAUCCAAGCUUACAAUUAGUGUUUUGGAAUGUAAUAGGAUCAAAUCUCUAUUUCUGGAUAGCUAUCAUUCCAAUUUUUCUAGUUCUUUUAGUUGGAACAAAGCUACAGCAUGUUGUUGUAACCUUGGUAUUAGAGAAUGCUGAAAUAACUGAUUUCUUCUCUGGAGCAAAGUUGACACCUCGUGAUGAACUUUUCUGGUUUAAGAAGCCCGAACUACUACUUUCCUUGAUUCAUUUCAUUCUCUUUCAGAAUGCAUUUGAGUUGGCUACAUUCUGUUGGUCCUGGUGGGAGUUUGGAAACAGCUCUUGCUUUAACAGGAAUCAUCUCCUCGUGUAUUCGAGGCUAAUCUUGGGGUUCAUUGGACAGUUUAUCUGCAGCUACAGUACUUUGCCCCUCUAUGCACUUGUUACACAUAUGGGAACAAACUAUAAGGCAGCAUUAAUUCCAGAGAGUGUAAGGGCGACAAUUGAUGUCUGGGGGAAGGCAGCAAAGAGAAACAGAAAGCAAGGCAAGGUCACUGAUGACUUUGAAUUAGAGCCACUAAGGGAAGAAACUUCAGCAAAUAAUGUUUCAAGUAGGCCAGUUGACCCCGUCCUUCGACCCUCUGCUUCAGUUAACUCAGAACUCCGUUUUAGAACAGAAACAAUUCCAAGAUCUACUUCUAUGCCAAGAGAAAUAUAAUGUGCAAAAGAAAAUGAUGUUUUAGAAGAAAACACAAAAAGAUGAAUGGCUCCUUGAUGAGGUUGAAUGUUGUAUGAUUUUUGAAAGUUAUGAGGUGAAUACUUUUGGCUCCCUUGGCAAACUAAAAAGCCAAUUUAGAUUAUGGUUUCUGGAUCAUAUAACAAAGCUUUUGCCUUACUGAUUAAACAGUGGUACAAAUAAUAGUG